AUGCAUUCUUACAAAAUCGCCACGCUGUUUGCAGGUGCUGCCAUUGCGCAGAAAUCUGCUACGGUGCUCAAUUUCUUCCAGUUCGACAGCACUCUUACUAUGCUGGGCUCAGACGCAACUGCAACUACCUACGAGCACAGUUGCCCGUCAAGUGCCGCUGGCAUUUCUGCCGUGCCAUCCAAUCUGCGUCCAGACGACGCGUCGGCCACGCCUGCACCCACACCCAAGUCUCGUAUGCGGCGCCAAGACGGUGCCUCUGACGACGACUACUCAUUUUGCGAGCCCUACACGAUCAAGCAAGGAGCACAGACAUACGAGUUCCACCUCACCGACCCCGUUCCCGGCGCCUGGCCAGUCGACAUGGCCUGUAGCUGGAAGGGCGAAAUGACAAAAGCGGAUUUCACGUGCGACGUGACGCAAAGCGGAUACGUCCCGUCACAGAGUGCGCGGGUUGCCACAACCAGUGUACUUUCGCAAAGCGAGAUCCAGGAUAUGGAGGCAUUUCAAGUGGUAUCUCUGGUGAGCGGAUCCGGCGCGUCGUCACCGGCUUCGGCUUCGGCUUCAGCGACUCCUUCAGCGACACCAACCGCGUCCGGCGCCAGUGCGAGCGCACCAUCGAAAUCAGAGUCCAAGGACUCUCCCACUCCUACACCAAGCAAGGGUGCGGCUCCUGCGGGGGCUCUGCCCACAGGGGCAAUGAAGCUUGUUGGAGGCGUGGCAGGUGCCCUUGCAGUAGCCAUGGCCUUGUAG